AUGUGGGCAUUAUGGAAAGCGAAAAAUACAGAAGUUCACAACAAUUCACAACCAGACCCACUCAGAACAAUAAUCAAUGCAAAAUUAUUGGAAACAGAGUUUAGGAAAUCCUUAGAUAUACUAAUUCAAUCCAGCAGUGAAAUGCAAAGGAGAAGUAGGUUCCCUGUAAAGUGGAGACCGCCUCCAACCAAUUGGAUACAACUAAACGUUGACACAGCCUUUUCUAGUGAAUCUAACAGGGGAGCAAUUGCUGUGACAAUUCUUGACAACCUGGGACGAUUGAUAAGAGGAUCUGCAAUAAAAAUCCAGGAAGGAUUAGUAACAAUUGCAAAAGCAUUAGCUAUAAGAAAAACAGUGAUUCUAACAGAUAAUUUGAGCAUGGAAAGGGCUAUAAUUGAAAGCGAUAGUUUAAUACUAAUCCAAAUUAUCAAAUCAUGGGAAGAUUGGUGGGAGAUCCGUCCAAUUCUACAAGACAUCAGAGGCAUAAUGGCAAAGCACCAACGCUUUGGCUUCACCUGGACCCCGAGAAAGGAAAACUCCCGGGCUCAUUUAAUUGCAAAGCUUAAAGCAGAGGAGGCUCUUCCAGGUAACUGGUGCUCAAGGCCAAUUGAACAGCUUACUACCAUUAUCAAUGCAGAUAGCAUCCAAACGGCGGAUCACAAUACGACAUCUGAUCUCUAG